AUGCUUGGACCAGCAGUUCGCGCUGGGCGCGUGUCGCACGUCCUUCUUCUUGGAAGGGCCUUGCCUUGCACUCCACGAAGGGUGGAUCUUCAGCGGUCUGGUCGCCUUGCGAUUUGGGCCAUGGCAAGUGCUGGCUAUGCAACCACACGCGCUCCAGGGUCCAAUGGAAAGUUCAAGAUUGGGCUUUGCCAGACCCAUGUGAGUCAUGACAAGAAGGUGAGCUUGGCCAAUGCAAAGGCUGCCAUUGAGGAAGCGGUGAAGAAAGGAGCUGAGGUGGUGGUGCUGGGCGAGAUGUUUAGCUGCCCCUACGCCACGAAGUACUUCUUCGAGUACGGGGAGCGGCUGCCUUUGCCAGGCCAGUUGGCCUCUGACAGCUCUCCCAGCGUCAAGCUCCUGUGCGAGAUGGCGCGGGAGCAUAAGGUCUGGAUCUUCGGGGGGUCACUGCCUGAACUGGAGGGGGACAAGGUGUACAACACCACCCUGGUGCUGAACCCGGAGGGCGGCAUAGUGGCCAAACACCGAAAGGUACAUCUCUUUGACAUCGACGUAGCAGCGACCGCUACCAGGGCUGCAAUCAAGUUCAAGGAGUCGGACGUGCUCUCCGUUGGAGAGUCCAUGACCUUGGUGGAUUUGCCUUGGUGUCGCGUAGGUGUGGGCAUUUGCUACGACUCCCGCUUUCCAGAGCUGGCUUUGGCCAUGCGCGCAGAGGGCGCGAAGGUCUUGGUCUAUCCGGGUGCCUUCAACAUGACCACUGGGCCCGCCCACUAUCAGCUUCUGGCGCGCGGACGGGCGGUCGACACCCAAUCUUAUGUGGUGUUUUGCUCUCCAUCUCGAAGCCCGGACAAGAAUGACUACCAGGCAUGGGGCCACUCCCAGUUGAUCAAUCCAUGGGCGGAAAUCGUCGUGGAGGCGGAACACGAGCCGGGCGUGUGGGUGGUGGAAGUGGAUCCCAGUGAAGCCGACCGGAUCCGCGAGCAGGUGCCGACCUCCUAUCAGAAGCGCGGCGAUCUCUAUGCGCCCUACGCGGAACUCGAGGAUGUGAAGAGGAGACGUGGUGACAGCAGCUUGUAG